AGGCGAGCGUUGUCUGGAUCAUUCUGGACGCUAAAGGUCACCGUCUGGUUACCACAGUCAGUAUGUCUGGCUAGAUAACAAAACAACAGAACUAAAGUGGAAAUGUUCUAAAAUGGAACUAAACAGAUUUGAUCAACUAAAGUGGAAAUGUUUUCAUAUCUUUCCAUUAAAUCUCUAAGAUUAUAAUAAUGUCUAUUUGCUACGAACAGUUGCUAAUUUAGAUAUCCACUUUCAAUUCUUACCAAUUUGUAUAAAUUUCUUAAUUCAAUGGCUCAGCAAACUCCAACAUUAGAAUUUUCACUCUUCUUUUAUGUACUGCGCCACUUCUUUGGACGUCAUCCAGGGAUCUUUAAGGUCCAGUCAUUAAAAUAGAAAUCUCAGUCUCCUCACUUUAUUCAUUAUCUUUCCUAUAAGAACAAAUUAUUUUGAGACUUUAAGAAAUAUAACUUUAUUUUUGAAAAUGAGUGAUCCCGAUUGAUGGCGUUACUCAGCAUCCAGGGCGACAUUUACGUAUAUUUUUGGCUUUUAUACUGCAAAAUAUAUUCGGCGAUCAUAUGGUUGUUCGGUAAUCACUGCCGCGGCACUGAUAAGGUUCGCUCAGUGAUAACUGCUGGAAGCGGCGUCCAGUCCUCGGGAGGCAUUCACAGAGUGCGCACGCGUCGUCGUAGACCACAGCAGCACCGCUCGAAACACAUCGUUGCUUUAGCAAGAAGACCUUCUUUGAGAAGAAUCGUGAUGGCACCAGGAGCAAGCGCAGCGCACGCCAUGAUGGAAGACAAGGAUAAAACUCUUCAUGGAGCUUUGGCUGCUGUAUCGAUGCAUACCCGGCGCAUCAGUCAGUUUGCGCCCCUCCUCAUUGUACUGGUGGGACUACCAGCUCGCGGCAAGAGUCAGCUGGCACAUCGUUUAGCUCGGCAUCUCAACUGGAAUGGAGAAAGCACCAAAGUGUUCGACUGCAGCCAUUACCGCCGCCGUCACAUGGCUCUCUACGGCAGCCACGACAUCUUCCGCGCGGACAACCAACAGGGCUCCGCCAUCCGCCGCCAAAGCGCCAGGGAGGCCGUGCAAGAUGCCGUGCUAUGCCUCAAGGAUGGUCACAGUGUUGCUAUUUUCGACGGCACAAACAUCACUCGCGAGCAGCGUCAGGAGUUAAACGAGUACUGCCUCAAUGAGAUGGGCUUCAGGAUUCUGUUCAUCGAGUGUGUCUGCGAAGACCAAGAACUACUCGAAAGGAACAUCAUUGAGAUCUUGCAUUACUCCGCCGACUACAAGGACAUGAGUGAAGAAGAAGCAGUAGAUGAUUUGAGAAAGAAGUUGGAACAUUACAUGAGGCAGUAUGAGCCAAUUGACGCCGGUGUGGAGGACAUCAGUUUCGUCCGUGUCGAGAAUAUGGGCGAAACAGUGACAGCUCACAAAGUUGCUGGCCAGAAGGAAUCCGGCAUCCUUGGAUAUUUAUCAGGAAUGAGGGCCUUACCGCAGACCUUAUAUUUUACACGGCAUGGCGAGAGCGAGUACAACGUCCUGGGCCGUAUUGGAGGCGACGCGUCCCUCUCUGCCAGGGGUCAGAUAUACGCACAUGCGCUGGCUGAACACAUGAACCCACUGGUCGGCAGGGAAUCGUUCUCUGUGUGGACUUCUGAGCUGCGACGCACCAAGCAAACCGCCGCCGAUAUUAGAGCGCCCAAGCGAGCCGUCAGGGCUCUCAAUGAACUAGAUGCUGGUAUAUGCGAAGGGCUGACUUACGAAGAGAUGCAGGAGCGUUUCCCCCAGGAGUUCGCGUGGCGGGACCAGGACAAGCUGCGGUACCGCUACCCCUGGGGCGAGUCCUACAUCGACAUCAUGACCAGAUUGCGCCCGGUGCUGUCAGCCCUGGAGGAUGAGCAUAACGUCAUCGUCGUGGGUCACCAGGCUGUGCUCAGAUGCAUGCUUGGAUACUUCCUUGAUGCUAAACUUGACGAACUUCCGUACAUGCACGUCCCUCUGCAUACCAUAGUGAAACUGACUUCCUACGGCUACAAGUACAAAGUGGAGAUGAUCAAGAUGCCAAUAGAAUGCGUGGACACACACCGCAUGCAGCCGAAGAACUGCUCAAUCACCCGAACUACCGCCGACGCGUUGGUGACAGUCCCGUCACACUACGACACCCUCCCGUCGAACCUGUGGCAGAACUCAGCCGAGGCACAACUGUAGGGGUGGAGGCGCGACCCUCGCGGUCACCGGACGUUACCACAUCAGCAUUAGGGGGGACCAGCCCCUCGACCCCAAGACACGUCCACGGUUGUGAAAAACCUGGAUAGAACGCGACAUCGCGCGGUCCUUAAGUCUCCACGACUGCUUCAUAGGACUCCUGUGUGAAUCUUACCUAAGUUACAUUGCGUCGAUGUAGCAUUUCCUAGUGACGUCAAUAUGACGUGCCUUUAGUAUUUCCGUUCACUGUAGCUGAAGGAAUGUACUAGUUUUGUGAUGGAACAUCUCGCAUGACAUUGUUUCUUCCAAUUUACUAAUAAGACUGAGAGGAAAUCUUACCCAAUCCAUUAUCAUUCAUUAAAGCUCAUAUACCUAAAUCGUAUUCUUAAUGUGUUCUUUUAGUUAUGUAGACGACUUAGGUAUUUGUUUCGUUUAUUAUUAUGGUUAGAUUGAAAUAAGGUCUUUGAAUUGAAAAUCUACAUGCGGUACUGUAAGUUUCAUUUCUUAUUUGUGUAUAGUAAAAUAUGACGCUAUUUUUGUGGAUAAGUUAGGUUUUAAAAUCGAUGGGUUUUCAUCAUAGACAUAUAAUUUUUUUCUAACUUAAUGGCUUAUCAUUAACAUUGCCGAUAAUUACGUUGAAAAUGGUGUCAGAUGUGUUAAGAUAAGUCGUAUGCGAUUGUUUUAUCAUUCAUAAUUGCGUUUUAUUUUAAACUAUUCUUAAGCCGGGAUUCAUAUCGCAAUUUUACAGUUAACGCUGUUCUGUCUAAAUAUGAGGCGUUAAUAUUUCAGAUUUUGUUUUAGGUAUUUGAUAUUAUGAGGAGUACUUAGAAUAGAAUUUUCCUAAAUAACUGUAUUCCACUGUCGGGCCGUAAUUAAAGAAUAUCGUAAUGUAUGACGUUUACAUACGGAGUUGUUAAGGAUUGAGGUAAGCCUUUGGGCGAUGCAGCAGCAUGUAGCUUCUAUAAUGAAUAAGAUGUUAGUCUUAGACAUUUUUAUUUAGACCUUUUUAUAAUAAUAAAUAAUAAUUAUUA